CACUGUGGUUUUUACCCCUCCAUAUAUAGCGUUAUUAAUCAGUAAAACAUGAAUAAUAACAUGACAUCCGAGUUAUUGGAUUUAUUUCUUCGUAAAAUUUCGUUUUUCAACUUUAACUUUCAACCUUCGAGAUCUGCGAUAUAUAUAUAUGUAUAUAUAUUCGAAGUGAUAACGUUUUAUUAUAGCGACAAAUGCGAAUUUCAUCGAGAAACGAGCGUUAUCCCACACGGGGGAUCCACGAAUGUAACCGAGCACGCUCGUGAUCUCACACGUGUAAAAUCAACUUUCGAGGAAAACGCCGAGGUUUUUCCCCGCCCAAAAGUCCCAUAGGUGCAUUGCCGAGAAAAAACAUCGAGCACUGAUGGAUGGAUGGCGAGGGCUUAGUUCACGCGAUGAGAGCAAAAGGGAUAAAACUAAAACAAAAAAAAAAGAAUAAAAGAUAAAAGAGAGAGAAACCGGAGAUCUCUGAGAGGAAAGAGAGCUCCGAGGAAUCGAGAGGAAAUCAGAGGAGAAGCUGCGCAACUUUCAAAGGGAUCGAUCAAGUCGUGUAAGAAAUCGCCGCGCGUAUAAGAAAUUCGUAGAAUAAAAACAGAUAUAUAUGUAUAUAUAUAUAUACUCUACAUACAGGAAGAGAGGAUAAAUCGAGCUAGCGAGGGCUAUAUAAAAUGCUAUGAGCGACUGAAAACGCGAACGAGACGAUAUUAAACGAGUAUGAUAUAAAGGAAAAAAAAAAGUUGAAAAUCGUGGCGAGAACUUCCACUAUCCGAACGGCCCCACAGAUCCCCGCCCCUGCCCCCGCCCCCGCCCCUCAGCCCCUUGGAGUGAUGAUUACCCAGGCCACCCUAAAUUAAUGCUACUCUAUUUUUUUUGUUUCUCUCUCACUCUCUCACCACCCCACGUGUUCCCCGCUGUGCUCGCUCGCCCUGCUCGUCUCCGCAACCGAAAAACGCUACGUGAAAAAAGUACGUAGUGAAGUGUGUGAUUGUCGCCAUUAAAACGAUCGGCAACAUUAUGUUGGUCACCUAUCUCCUACAGUUCAUGUUCGCUGUUAUCGGGGUACAGCUGUUUAAGGGCAAGUUUUUCUAUUGUUCCGAUGCAUCGAAAAUGACGAAGGACCAGUGCCAGGGUACUUAUUUGGAAUUCGAAGACGGUAAUAUUAACAGGCCGGUCAUGAAACUCAGACACUGGGAUCGACAGAGUUUUCAUUUCGAUAACGUUGCGAAGGCGAUGUUGACCCUUUUUACGGUCUCGACUUUCGAAGGUUGGCCAUCACUUUUAGAGUGGUCGAUCGAUUCGAACAAAGAAGAUCAUGGACCAAUUCAUAAUUUUCGGCCGAUAGUGGCCGCCUACUACAUCAUCUAUAUCAUCAUCAUUGCGUUCUUCAUGGUGAACAUCUUCGUCGGUUUCGUUAUUGUCACCUUCCAGAACGAGGGUGAGCAAGAGUACAAAAACUGCGAGCUCGAUAAAAAUCAGAGAAAUUGCAUCGAGUUCGCGCUGAAAGCUAAGCCAGUGCGCCGAUACAUACCGAAGCAUCGAAUACAGUACAAAGUCUGGUGGUUCGUCACCUCCCAACCGUUCGAAUACACGAUAUUCACGCUAAUUAUGAUCAACACCGUGACGCUCGCAAUGAAAUUUUAUCGCCAGCCGGACAUCUACACGAAUGUCCUGGACGUUCUCAACAUGAUCUUCACCGCCGUGUUCGCCCUCGAGUUUGUGUUUAAGUUGGCUGCGUUUCGAUUUAAGAAUUACUUCGGCGAUGCGUGGAACGUAUUCGACUUUAUUAUCGUGCUCGGAAGUUUCAUCGAUAUCGUUUAUUCGGAAGUUAACCCUGGAUCCACUAUCAUUUCCAUCAAUUUCUUCAGACUGUUUCGCGUGAUGAGAUUGGUGAAACUGCUGAGCAGAGGGGAAGGCAUCCGAACACUUUUAUGGACGUUUAUCAAGUCCUUUCAAGCUCUGCCCUAUGUCGCCCUUCUCAUUAUAAUGCUCUUUUUCAUUUACGCUGUGAUAGGCAUGCAGGUGUUCGGAAAGAUCGCGAUAGACGAUUCUACGGCGAUAAAUCGUAAUAACAAUUUCCAGUCUUUUCCACAAGCCGUGUUGGUUCUGUUUAGAUCGGCAACAGGCGAGGCGUGGCAAGAAAUAAUGAUGGCUUGUUCGUCACAAGAUAGCGUUAAAUGCGACUCCAACAGCGACGAAAGCGACAAGAAUAGUUGCGGGUCGGACAUUGCAUUUCCUUACUUCAUAUCUUUCUACGUGCUCUGUUCGUUUCUUAUCAUCAAUCUCUUCGUCGCCGUUAUCAUGGACAACUUCGACUACUUGACGAGAGAUUGGUCGAUUCUCGGGCCGCACCACUUGGACGAGUUUAUUCGCCUGUGGUCCGAAUACGAUCCCGAUGCUAAGGGGCGCAUCAAACAUCUGGAUGUGGUAACGUUACUAAGGAAAAUAUCGCCGCCCUUAGGUUUCGGAAAGCUGUGCCCCCAUAGAGUAGCUUGUAAGAGACUCGUCUCGAUGAACAUGCCGCUGAACAGCGACGGCACCGUAUUGUUCAACGCGACCUUGUUUGCCGUCGUAAGGACGUCGCUGAAAAUCAAGACGGAGGGCAACAUUGACGACGCGAACGCCGAACUCAGGGCGGUGAUCAAGAAGAUCUGGAAGAGGACCAGUCCGAAGCUUCUCGAUCAAGUCGUACCACCGCCCGGAGUGGACGACGAGGUGACGGUCGGCAAGUUUUACGCGACCUUCCUCAUCCAGGACUAUUUCCGUCGAUUCAAGAAGCGCAAGGAACAGGAAAUGAAGGACGGCGACAGAGAUUGUCACAAUACUGUGACGCUUCAAGCCGGAUUGAGAACGUUACACGAAGCUGGCCCCGAAUUAAAACGCGCGAUUUCCGGCAAUUUGGAAGAACUCCUCGACGACAAUCCGGAACCUAUGCACAGGAGAAACCACUCGCUCUUUGGCAGCGUGUGGUCCAGCAUGCGAAAAGGACAUCACAGCUUCCACAGGGCGAAAUCGCUAAAGGUCAACUCCGCCGCUGCGAAGGCUUCCCCGACCAAUUCCAUAGAUUUUCUACCGUAUGCCUCGUUGCGAAGGACCGCCGUCGCGGAUGUCACCAAACAAAUCGCUCACCAACUUGUGCCAAAUGUAGCGAGUGGUCUAAGUGACGGCGCGAUGAACCAGAUGGGGACCGAUCUGCGAUUGACGGGCGUCGAAGAGAAUAUCCCUCUGAGACCGCUCGCUGCCUUCGGCAAUCCGGCGCAACCGACGUCUUACAAAGUGGUCGAUCUUCAGGACGGAAUCGAGCGGCAGUUGACGCCACCCACGCCUCCGCCGCGACGGAACCCACCGUCCUCGUCUACCGGGACCCCGAGCACCGGCACCGCCGUGCACACCCCCGUCGCUGCAGCGGCAGCAACGGCAGCAACGGCAGCCACCGCAGCCACCGCAGCAGCAUCCGCGGCGGCCGGCACGACGAGCGGGUCGAGCGUCACGACGACGACGAUCACCGCGUCGUGCACUGCGAGCGCGAACACCUCGACCACCGCGACGAGCUCAAGCCCCGCUUCCUCGUCAAACGGGACGAACUGUUAUUAUACCUACGCGUCGCGGGGCUGCUGUGUCGAUUGCGCAGUUUGGAGCAAUCACGCCCUAGACGACUGCAACGAUGAGGACACGUCAACCGGAAGCGGAUCGAGCGAUUCCGGCAGGUGGAACCCGCACUCGGAGGGCGGCGGCGUGGCGCGGGGCACGACAGGGAAACCCCAUGUCACCGUGCUGGGCGGCCGGUCGUCGAAGCGCCGGGCCAAGGCCCGUCGCGACGCCGCGACCGCCGGUGGCAAAUCGGCACCGGCGAGCUUCCGAUCGCGGGACGCGGCCGCCGCAGCCGCCACGAUGGCGGCGGGAUCCGCGACCGGUGGUGCGGCCGCUACGUCGUCGGGCCCCCCCGGCACGCGCACCGUCGCCAAUGGCCUUAAAAUGGCACAGAACCAGGCGAUCGCCGUGGCCGGCUUCCUCGCCGACGUCGACUCGCGACAAUGGCGCGUCUGCGCCUCCUGCUUGUCGCACCGAGCGUCGUCCUACCACGGCAGAGUUUCCUGGGCCACUGAGAGUAACGGAAGCGUCGGCGCAGAGCGCCUGUCCCACAGUAUGCCCGGCAGUCCCGCGGACCGGAAGCCGAACUUCGAGGUCAUUGGGAGCGCGGAGAGCCUCGUCGGUCGGGUCCUGGUGGAGCAAGGUCUGGGCAAAUACUGUGAUACGGAUUUCGUGCGGUACACGUCGCGCGAGAUGCAAGAGGCGCUGGACAUGACGCGCGAGGAGAUGGACCAGGCCGCUCACCAGCUGCUCCUGCAGGAGCGGCGCGGCCAGCCGUUGACCUACCAGCUGCAGCAGGGCACGGAGGAGCAGCAGCCGCAGCAGCACCUGCAACCGUGGAGCGGCGGCCAGCGACCGACCACGACCGGCAUCGGUUACCAGCCGUUGCAGGAGCAGCCACCGAGUCAACCAGCCUAUCGCCCGCUUCAUUCUUCUUCCAGCUACCGUCGCGGCAGUAAUCGGCAGCAGCAGCAGCAGCAGCAGCAGCAGCAGCAGCAACAACAACAACAACAACAACAACAGCAGCAACAACAGCGACAACCGCCGUCCUAGCAGGACGAGAAGGUCGCCGCGACGCGAACAUCGUCCACGUAACCCGAAAACUCCUACUCCCCCUCGUCGGGAGUAGUCGUCGAAGGACCGAGAUCGUCAGUUAACAUGAAGUAACUGCGCGAGAGGAAUCGAAUCGCCGACCUCCUACGGGAUCUGAAUCGAUCGCGCGAGUUCGGAUGGAUUCAGACCGCGCGGGGCUCGAUUGCCGUUGUUGUUGUUGUUGCUCGAAGAGCAUAAGGACGCUUUAUAAAAACUGUUCUGAAUAUGUAUAGCUGUAGUUAGGUACGGAUCGAGAGACGCCACUCGAGAGACAAAACGCUGACUUACAAUUUAGUCUAGGGGAGGGAGAAACGGGGCGAAAGUCGCGACGAAGGGCGGACCGGCUCGACGUCGAGAUGGUCCAUCCCGUUAAUGGACACCAAUAAACGCGUUUUUUUCGUUCGAGCGAAUAUUUUCUAACCGAACGCGGGUGUUCAUCCGGCACUUUUUGAGUCACGCGAAUCGCUCGCAAUUCCUAACUUGGCACGGAUAUCCUUGAGCGAGAUGCGUGCAAGUUGGACGAUCGCGCGGAGCAAGCUGCUGUUUGUUUAGGCACAAGAAUAUAUAGACUUUUAAGAUGUAUUUUCCCGCGACGGAGGAUCAGGACGAUCGAGAGUCGUCGCGGCGCGGAGCUUCAUUUUUUUGAACACGUCGAACGACCGCGAGAUUAAAAUCGAGGGAGCAUCCCGGGACUUGCAGGGGCUCCCGACGGAAUUGAGUUUUACUUCUCUAGAAAACUCUUCUAGAGAUUCGCCAUUGUUCCCAUUUAACGUUGAUCUCCGUUUUCUGUUCGAUUCGUCCCGAUCAAGGGCGAACGCCACGUGUAGAAAAUAGACGAAUUAGAAUGAAAGAAAUAGGAAAUUCUAUGAAACUGUAAGCUUCUCAUUAUCAAUUUUAACGAUUGGCUUUGAAAUUUUUGAAACAGUAUUUAAUUUGAUCUGUAUAAAAAGCGCCUAAUUGGGAGCAAUUAAUUAGACAUUCAGAAAGUGAAUUCUUCCCUCAGGAUUUUAAGAUAUAUAUUAAAGUAAAUUCCGUACAGUAUCGGUGUUAAAAGACACGAAAAUAGAGAAAUUUAUAAAAUUGUGAAUUUUCCAAACUUCUCAUGUCGAAGAUUAAGUCGAAUCUUGCAAAAAUGGAUGUCUCUCAAUUAUCUUAAUUCGUCUAUUUUUGCGUCUAUUUUUUAGCGACAUGAUAUUUUCUUUUACAAAAUUCAUCGCCUAUUUUAACUCUUUACGACGCUUUAUAGAAUCUCUAUUAUUAUCUCGUAAAAGUAUUCUGACGUAAUAACUUUUUAUCAACUCACCAUAAUUUCCCGUUGGACAGUAAAAAUCUCUCUUCUAGACAGACAAGCGAAAAAGUUAGAUAAAAAAAAUGCUAAAAUAAAAAAUUCGGGUCGUAAAGGGUUAAAGGAGAAUGAAAGAAAAAAAACACGUCGGCGGAUGAUCGUUCUUACUGUUCUCACAAUUGAUUACUCUCGUUGUCCUUGUUCCGAUGAUUACCGGUUACUAGCACGAUAAUUACGACUCAUGAUUCAUACGUAUAUAAAUUCUAGACAAGAUAACAAGUGCCUAAGUAUCUAUAACUUCUUUCGGACCAGAGAAAGACUUUUAUCAACUUAGACAAAGUAAAACGACUAUUAUUGCGAAUUAUUAUUGCGCGAGGAGAGAGAGCUGCGAGUGUGUUGUACACUACUGAUGAAAUGUUGUGACGAUAUAUAUAGAUAUUAUUAUUCGUAUUUGUAAUUGUGUACAUAACACCGUAUGCGCGCGUAUAUUUCCGCUCAGAUGCGUGAGGAUGAAUGGCCGAUAAAACUAGCGCUGCGAGAGAUUCGAGAUUAGUAUAUUAAUAUAAAUAUAAAUAUAUAUAAAUAUAUAUUAUAUCUCUAGAUGGCAAUCUCUAUACAAACGAGAGUAAAGGGGGGCGGAGCGGGGCGUAACGGAGACGGGGAUAAGUUUUGAUGGGGUGUUGACGCGGAACUUUUCCCCUCUCGGAGAAACGCGGUCAUGCGAUAUAUGGUUUUUAUUACGUAAAGUGUAAACUCGAACGUGAAAACGAUCGGAUAUGCAAAGAUCUGAAUCACGAAUCUCUUUCUCUCUCUCUUUCUCUCUUUAUCUUUAAUCCACGAUUACACCCACUCAAGUGCAUGUUCAACGAUACGGAGAGCUUUAUAAAGAGCCACUUCAUAGAUAUUCCCGACAGUCUCAUCUCUGGGGGACGCGCGCCGCUUACGAGAGAUUUACUGGCGAUUUUUAAUUAACGACGAGUCAAGCGAAAAGUUUCGCUUCAAUCGGCUAACGCGUUUGGCCUCGAAAAUAUUCUAUUGUGCUGUGAGAGAUUAAUAUAGCAGUCCUCAAAGUUUGCUAAUUUUGAAAGUGUCCAGUUAAAGACGGUCAAUCAAAAUAAAAAAUCGUAAAAUGAUUCGAAAUUAAUCAACUUUUAUAUACAAUGUAUAAUAAUUAAAUGUACACAUUGACUGCAAUGUUAUAAUAAUUGUAUGAAAUAAUUGUGUGAAAUGUGGAAAAGGAUGUGAGCGAAAAGUUGCUCGAGAGAUAAUUGAAGAUACCUUCGUGCGGAAUCUUUUUUGGAGUAAAUCGUUUGGAAAUAGCGCGGGUCCCCUUUCACGCACAAAGAGUUCACUCGUAAAAAAAAAGAAACCGCAGCCGACAGAAAACCACAGCAGCCGCAGUAAUUUUGUCAGACUUUUUAAAAUCCGAUCACAGUAUGUAGAAAAUCGCGUUAUCGAUGUGUGUGUCAUUCGAGUGUGACUUUGGGCUUUUACGCAGAAACGUGAGAUUGGAAACCGGAGGAGGUGCGUAGACACUGAAACUAACUACGUAAAUGUUAACUUAUAGACGUUGACAAAUUUUUAAGCUCUCGUAAAUUUUAUAAGUAUCUCGUCAAUCGGCGUGGUUCUGGAGAUUUGUCGCGUAAUAUGCUUCGAUUUUUUUUCCCGUUUGUAUACUAUGUCGAACCGUAAAAAAGAAAAAAAAGAAAAAGAAUGUAACGUGGAGUAGAACCAAUUAGAGUCUAAUGCUUGAUGGGAGAGAGACCUCAGAACUCAAGAGUUUCGCCGAAUUACGGGCGAGCGCCGAGCGAUUGACAAAUCGGUUUAUUGUUAACUACGGACUUACUAGUUUGGAAUACUUUCAGAAUCACGUCCUUCGGCAGCCUUCUGGGCUUGUCUACGACCAAUGCGAACUCCACUCUCUCACACAUCUUCACUUCGCGAAUUUUUCUUACGUAUAACUCGUCGAUCUAUUUCCCCACUUUACAUUAUAUUCUUUCGUAUAUCGCUUUGCUUUAUCCUAUAACGCUGUGAGCCAAAGAGCUCCUGCUUGCAUCGACGAUCGAUUCGUAGAUCGCACGAUGUACGAAUGAUCGAAGAUUUCUUUCUUUCUCUGAUCUUUGGUUCUACCCCUUUUAAUCGUCGAUUUGCAUAUCCCACGUUUGACGCUCUAUAUAUUAAUUUCAUUAUCGAUUAUCCUUCUCUUCUUCCAUUUAGUUUCUUCAUUUUAAGUAAGUGAUAACGCGAAACCGUUAUUAUGAAACAUACAGUGUAUAUAUAAAUAUAUACACGCACGUACAUAUGCCAAAUUUUUAGAGAAGAGUUGGACGAUGCUGAAGCAGCAAGUGUAAAUUACAAAAAACUACGGGUCCGUAAACACGACCACAAGUAGCGGCAGAAUUUUUUACGCUCUGUAAGGUAUAAUAUAGAUCGCCGUCUGUUCCUCUCGUCUCUCGCGGACGGAAGAGAUACAAAAGAAACACAAAAAUAAUAUAAAAAAAAGUAAAUGGAGCGCUACACGGUCCAGAACCACUAAUGUUUAAAAAUCCGAAGUCUGUUUAUAUCUUAUGAUGUCUGAAUAAAAAUUGUCAUAGCAAUUAAAA